AAACUUUUGAUGUGUGUGUGUGUGUGUGUGUGUGUGUGAGGGAGGAUGAUGCGGUCUCACAAUAUCUCAGGUGAAUAAAGCGAAAACAAUGUGCGUUUAUUAGCUAACUAACAAAAGACACGCUCAGAAACUUAAACGAUACUCCAGGACAACUGAUGUUGUUACUCUCCACGUGUUUCAUCAACUAGCUAUCAUCGCAAAAGUUUAAAGAGUACAGACCUGCUGUGAAUGUAUUAUAAAUUAGUUACACUGCGUUGUAGUGAACAUCUGUUGAUUAUUGUCAAUAACCUUUAAUUUAGCAUUAUCUUAUAAGGGUCUAGAGGUGUCGAAUAAUAUGUUGAAACUAUGAGCAACUUAAAUAAUUUUAACCCGAUUGUGUUAAAUGUAGUUACAUCUCACUAACGAACUCCUUGUUGGAUUGUUUUUUGUUGCAGUGUACAGUAACGUUAGAAAGAUAUCAAAUCAGAUGCUAACUAGAUAACGCUAGAUAGGCCUAACGUUAGUUGGAAAUGAAGUUAACCAUUGGGUGGCGAGUUUUGAAUGAAAGCUAAUUUAGCUAGCUAGUCAAGAAAUGGACAAUAACAAAACUAAACAUGUUUAGCUAUGCAACUGCUCGUGCCACCUUUUAAUUAAAUUACACAAGCGUUUAGCCCUUUUUUGUUUUCGUUAUUGACAGUUUUUUGAUAAGCAACUGGAUAGCGGGAUCUUUUAGCUAGCAAACAACCAACUUCAAUGUGACAAGUUAAAUAACGUGUCAUGGUUACAUUAGCUCGCUAUCAUGAAAGACUGCAAUAGCUAGUUUGCUGACAAGUUGAGUAUUGGAUGAGAGAUUCCGGUCUAUGCAGAGAGGCGAUAUCAGAAACAGCGCAUGGUCACGUGUAGCAGAAAGCCUUGCUAGUAAGCAAUGACAACCGAAUCUAAUUUUCUGUCGUUAGAAAUUAGGUAAUAAAUGAUUAACUACGGAAGUUGUCUGUUUUCAAAUUGCAAUUUUAAUAUAUUUGUGACAUGGUUAAUAUUUGUGGCGAGCUAACAUAGCUUAAUGAAGCCAAUGUUUUCAACUAGCUAAUGUUCGCUGCUUCAUGCUAAUAUGCGUUUAUCGUGGGAUGGAUGUUGAAAACGCAGGUAAACAUUAGGAGGAAGGAGGACCAUCCUCCUCAGUGAAUUUCAUAAAAAUGGUAAAACAUUUGUAAAGUUUUUAUUUUUAGAUAAAACUAUACUAAAUGUAUUCACGUCACCAAAUAAUUCAUUAAAACCCACUGUUUUGCAAUGAAGGUCUACAGUAGCAUAAACAGCACUCUGUAGGGUAGCUUCAUGGUGUAGCUGGGGGAUAGCUAGUUUCCGUCCUCCUCUGGGGAGGCUUAUGGUUCUCACCUCCUUCCAUAGACUUGCACAGUCCUCCGAGUGAUUAGAGCUCUUGCAACAAAAACUGACUUUCUUUUCUCCACCCAAUCAGAUUAUCAGUGAAUGAUUCUAGUAUCGAAUGCAUAAGCCACAGCUAGCUAGCACUGCAGUGCAUCAAAUGUGGUGAGUAGUUGACUCGAAGAGAGAAAGACAAUAGUUGAACUAAUUCAUUUAUUUCAAAAUGAAGGAGAAGCAAGGGAGAGAGAAAGAUACUUAUUUUUUUCUUGAGUUUCUCUUACUUAGCUAGGAAAUGCAGCUAGCUAGUUCAGCCUACUCUAACACGCUUCUCAAACAGAGAGAUGCUAUGUUAGCUAGCUGGCUAUGACUAUCCAACACUGGAACUCUUCCAAGUCAAGAUGGAGGCGAACAACUAUUUCAACUAUGGCACCCACUCCUCUGUGUCUGUUAACUCAGGACUGAAACUCUCCUCAGGGGAUUCUGUCUAUACUAAUGGGUCCUCCAUGAGUUUCCCUCAGCAGGAGAAGAAUAUGAACGGUGAAAUGAAUGUGAAUGGCAGCACUACUGUAAUUGGGUCCAGUGUGCCUGGCUCCCAACCUCCAACAGCCCCAUACCCUCAUAUGAGCAACCACCACCACCAGAGUAGCAUGGGCUACGACUACCUGUGGGGAGGACAGCCACAAUACAGCCCAGCCAUGAGCUUGUCUCCUGGGCAUGGCAUGCACCAGAAGCAGCCUCCCACUGGGGUGAUGCAGCAACAGAGCCAGCAGCAUUUCCAGGGUCACGGACAGUACCAACUGAACGGGGGCAUGCCUGGGUCCCGUCAGCCCCCCGUGGUGCCACCCCCAAACAUGACUCUUACAGGGGGCCAGUACUGGAACAGGGUUAACCCGGGGCAAAAGCAGAGCAGCGCAGCCAUGGCAAUGGGGUAUAACUCGCACAGCGUGUACGGGGCCUACCAGAGCCAGGUGCACCCUGGGAUUGCGCCCUCACAGCAUCACCAGCAGCAGCCUCCACAGCCACCCCCUCAGCAGCACCAGCAGCAGCAGCAACCUCAGCACUACAGCAUGGUGUCCAACGGGAUUCCCUACUACCAGCACCAGCCCCAGCAGCCAUCUCUUCCCGCUCCACAACCUCAGGCUCAGAUGAUGCCCCCUACCUCCCAGAAUUUCACCCCUCCACAGGGAAGCCCCCAGCACCACCAGAUGGGCCGGGGGGGCACAGGCAGCCCCCUCCCCAUGGCGGUGUCCUCUGUCCCCAUGAUGUCACCCUCGACAAUGGCGGAUAGUGGAUCGCCCCAGAGCCAGACCAGGGAGAGGAGUCCCCAUGGUGGUUCUGUAGCGAUGCCAGCUGUCAUGCAAGUGCGGAUGAGUGAAACGUUUAAGGAUGUGGAUAAAGGCUACAAUGGGAUGGAGAGGGCGUCUGUCGCCCAGCGGCUGCCUAAAAGCGACAGCUACCCUCCCAAGCCCCCUGGACCUCCCAUGGGACCCACCAGUGACUACUGCCAGCGCUCCAAGCAGCCAAUGGCCCAGCACCAUGAAAUGACUACCUUAGCGAGGGAGUCUGCGCUGCCUGAGCCUCCACACUUGAUGUCGGCGCCUCCCCUUGUGGUUUCCACACCUCCUUUAGCUAAGGCAGCAACCCCUCCUAGGGUCUCCGCAGCUGCACACAAGCCUAAGAUCACAAUACGCAAUGCCAAGCGUCGGCUGGAGUGGUGUAAAGCUCGCCGCCAUUGGACUCUGGAGCAGUGGAAACGUGUUCUCUGGAGUGAUGAAUCACAGAUUGACAUCACUUCCGAGAUGCGGAUGACCACCUGCUACAAGAGGAAAGGCUGA